ACAAUCCUCUGUUUCAAGAAAACACAAUUGAGCUUUAUAAAUCCAUCCAUGGCAGAAAUGGGUCACCGUUUUUCCUUCAUCUUCACCCUCACAUUGCUCCAUUUUCUCCAUUUCUGUUCUGCAAAGCUCGGGGUCUCAACGCCGCCGCCAUUGCCAAUCCUCCCACUCCCUUCUUUCUCCCAAUUGAAAUGGCAACAGAGAGAAGUGAUUAUGUUCCUCCACUUUGGGCCCAACACUUUCACCGAUUCCGAGUGGGGCACCGGCCGCGAGUCUCCCACCGUCUUCAACCCCACAGCCCUCGACGCAGCACAGUGGGCAGCCACCGCCGCUGCCGCUAACAUUUCUCUCAUGAUUCUCACUGCUAAGCACCACGACGGCUUCUGCCUCUGGCCUUCCAAAUACACCACCCACUCUGUCUCCCGCAGCCCUUGGAAGAAUGGCCACGGCGACGUCGUUAAGGAGUUCGUCGACGCCGCUGCCCCCCGUGGUAUCGACGUUGGGGUGUAUUUAUCGCCGUGGGAUCGGCAUGAUCGGAGAUAUAGCCAUGAAUUGGCGUAUAAUGAGUAUUACUUGGCUCAAUUACAAGAGCUUCUCAACAACUAUGGGAAUGUGAGGGAGAUUUGGUUUGAUGGAGCAAAGGGUAAGAAUGCUCCAAACAUGUCAUAUUACUUCUCCGAUUGGUUUGCAAUGGUGAAGGAGUUGCAGAGCUCCAUCAACAUAUUUUCGGAUGCCGGACCCGAUAUUCGAUGGGUCGGAGAUGAGAACGGCUUCGCUGGAACACCGUGCUGGUCAACCAUCAAUCGUAGUUCGCUGGCAAUCGGAGCAGAAGGCAUUACCCAGUACCUAAACGAAGGAGACCCAGAAGGGACGCAUUGGGUACCCCCAGAAUGUGAUGUAUCCAUAAGAAAUGGGUGGUUUUGGCACAAAUCAGAGUCCCCAAAGAGCUUAAAAACGCUCCUGGAAAUCUACUACAACUCAGUGGGAAGAAAUUGUGUUCUUCUCUUCAAUGUCCCGCCCAACUCCACAGGUCUAAUUGCCCAAGAAGAUGCCCACACUCUCACCCAAUUCAAAGCUGCCAUACACACAAUUUUCUCCUCAAAUUUGGCUCAAAAUUGCUCCUUAAGAGCCAGUAGCCAAAGGGGUGGCAAAGAAAGUGCGUUUGGGCCUGAAAAUGUGUUGGACAAUGACCAUUUGUGGACUUAUUGGGCACCCAGGGGAGCUGAUGCUGGUGGUGACCAUUGGAUUGAGAUCAGAAGUCAGCAGAAGCAAGGGCUGAGAUUCAAUGUGGUGAGGAUCCAAGAGGCCAUAGGGCUUGGUCAGAGGAUCAAACGGCAUGAGAUUUACUUGGAUGGGAAGAGGAUUGUGGAGGAGAGUAGCGUUGGGUAUAAGCGGCUGCAUAGGAUCAAAAGUGGAGUGGUUUGUGGGGAAGUUGUGAGGGUUAGGAUCACCGAGGCUAGGGCUGUUCCUUUGAUCUCCUCUUUGGGUCUCCAUUUGGACCCUUUUUGGGACCCAACUGGGCUUUCAUGACCUACAAGUUAAGGGAUGGGAGGCCCUAUUGGCUACUGGGCUAGUUCUGUCUCAGAGGACUUGCCACAUUUCUUUUCAAAUAAUCACAAUUU